AUGGACGACGAGCAACGAAAGGCGUAUAUUGCUUCCUAUGUCAUACCGGAAGAGGUUACAGUGGAAACCCCAGAGGAGCUGCUCAAGAACAGGGUCAUGGCUGGAGGGGACAAGCAUGGAUGUGGAACAGAAGAUUCAGCUGAAAUCAAGGACCUGGGUGUUCUGGUGGAUUCACUGGAGCCACCCAAAGACAUCCAGGCCAGCAUGGAGGCUGUACGUGCCCUGAAGAGGGAGCUUCAGGCGUUCCGUGGCGGCUUCACAGGAGGGCCUCUCAGCCUGCGCACAGUCAUGGAGAAGCAGGACAAGCUGCGGGCGCUGGAAGAACAGGUCACGAAGAGGCUGCUGCAGCAGACCAAGGUGCUGAGGGGAAUACUGGCGUACAACGCAGGAGGAACCUAUGAGGACUGA